AUGGCGGCCCCAACGACAUUACCAGCGCUGCUGACCUCGCUGACGCAGUCGCUUUCUUCUGCGCUCGAGGUCACCCCCAAAAUCGCCGCCAUUGAACACCAGAAGGAUGGCAUCUCCCUCCUCGACGUCAAGAACGAACUGCUCCUUUCCUACCUACAAAACCUCGUCUUCUUGAUUCUCCUCAAGCUACGCAACUCCAAGCCGGAUUCUGAAAAGACAGACGAAGAUGAUUCCAAACUGGACGAAUCUGUGCGAUCAAAAUUGGUGGAGCUGCGUCUGUACCUUGAGAGAGGAGCCCGACCACUAGAGGAGAAGCUGCGCUAUUCUAUCGACCGAUUCCUUCGAACAGCCGACGAUGUGGAGCGUGAGAGAAAGGCAGCCGAGAUGGAACAGAAAGAUUCGGGAUCUGACGACGAUUCUGAGGAGGAUUCCGAGGACGAGAGCGAGACUGAGGCCACCUCCCGUAAGCCUGGCGAACUUUCAGCAGGACCCAAGUUCGGAGCUCUGGUUAGCGAUGUUGCGACCGAGAAGUCGCGCGAUGGAGGAGCGCCAGGCGUUUACCGUCCUCCUAGGCGAGAACGCCAGGUCAUGGACGCUCCUCAGCGUCGCGACAAGUCAGACCGGCGCGGCAUCAAGUCGCAUACUAUGGAAGAGUUUGUUGCUUCAGAGCUUUCUUCUGCUCCUCUGGCCCAGCCCAGUAUUGGUACCACAAUUGUUCAGGGUGGUCGCAAGAUGAAGACGGAUGCCGAGCGAAAGGAGGAGGCAGAGCGCCGAGAGUACGAAGAGACCAACUUUACCCGUCUCCCCAAGGAGAGCAAGAAGGACCGAGCCAAGAAGGCGAAGCAGUCUGGUCGCAGCAAUCGCAUGCAGUUUGGUGGCGAGGAGUGGCACAACCUUGGAGAGGGUGUUGACCGCAUCGACCGUCUCACCAAGCGCAAGCAAUCGGGCGGUGGUGUUCGUGCGCUCCUGGACAAGAGCCGAAAGCGCGGCAUUGACACUACGGAUGGACCUCGUGGUAGCGGCAUGGGACCUGGAAUUGGAGAGAGGUUUAACAAGAGGGUCAAGGUGCUGGAGGGAGGACGACGAGACCGUGGCAAG